CUUUUAUUACUUCUUUCAGAUUUAAAUGACACCUAGCUCCGUUUGGAAAGUUUAUUGUAACAGUGACAUCAAUUGACGUAGUGGUAAAACCACAAAGGGCAUUCAGCCUCCCGGAAGAAAGAUGCAUCAUGAAGCAAAGUCGACAUUCACCAGAGGUUUAGGCCUCAAUGAUUGUUCAGGGUGCUUUUCAGCGUGCCUGUCAAAGGAAAUGUAUUAGCUCUAUGAAAAAUAAAAGUCGCCAAAAUUAAGACCUGCAAUUUAUAAAACGUUUAUUCUGAUUGGCCUUGAGAAUGAACACUUCUACUGUCUUGCCCCUAAAAGGCUGCACUAUCAAUGACCAGAUGGUGCCAUUCACCUACUUUUACUACAUGAUCUUCUUGACAGGCAUUAUUGGAAGUUUGGUGGCACUCUGGGCAUUCAUACACCAACCUAAAAAUAGUAAAAGCAUUAAUGUUUACCUCACCAAUCUCUUAACAUCUGACUUCCUCUUGACUCUAGCCCUGCCUUUUAAAAUUGCAGUGGAUUUGGGAAUUGCACCUUGGAAGCUAAAGAUUUUUCAUUGUCAGGUGUCAGCUUGUCUAAUUUAUAUCAACAUGUAUGUGUCAAUUAUGUUUUUGGCUUUCGUGAGUGUGGAUCGCUACUUGGAGAUCACUCAAACAUCAAAGAUUUUCAAGAUCCAGAACACGGGAUUUGCCAAGAUGAUGUCAUCAGUCAUCUGGCUUUUACUUAUUCUAAUUACAAUACCAAACAUGUUGAUACCUAUUCAGGAUAUCUCAGAAAAGCCGCUAGUCACCUGCGCAGAAUUCAAGACGCAACUUGGACUGCACUGGCACACCUUAACCACCUUCAUAUGCAUUGCCAUUUUUAUGAACGCUUCUGCAGUGAUACUGAUCUCAAAUGGCCUUAUUCUGAAGAGGCUCUGCCAUGAAACAGAUAACCAGAAUUACAAAAAUGUUAAGCGGGCAAUGCGCAACAUACUGAUAGUGACUGUGGGCUAUGUAGUUUGCUUUGUGCCUUAUCACAUUGUUCGAUUACCAUAUACACUAACUCAGAACAAAGUCAUAAAUGAUUGCUCACUCAAGAGAUCUCUAUUUCUUGCUAAGGAGUCCACCCUACUCUUGGCUGUCCUCAACCUUUGUUUUGACCCUAUUUUAUAUUUCUACCUCUCUCACUCAUUCCGAGAGAAAAUUACUGAAGCAUUCCGACCACAAAGAAAAACUUCUGAAAAAAUCCCAAAGAAAAAUGGGGAAUGUCAGAAUCUGAAGGACACUGAAGACCAAAGGAUUGUUGCAAGCUGAAAUUCUUCUUCUUAUUAUUAUUGUUAUUUGCUAGCGCUUAAUUUUAAGGCCUGAGAUGCACCCUGUUGGCAAAUGAAUGCAGUUGCAAGUGUUGAUACAGAAAAUGGUGUGCUUUCACCAAACCUCACAGCAGUGCCUAACUUAACUGAUCUGUUACUCUUUCACAAUAAAUGUGUGGCCGUAACCUACAUUACAAACUUAAAACAUACUUGACAGGCAUAUCUACAAGUUCAUUGACCUAUUACUACUGUAUGUACUGCUUCAUUCUUUCAAACAGAUACAGGAUACUUUUUAAUGUUUUAAAUAUCUGAACCAAAAUUGUAUUUUCAAAGUAUAAAAACCUCAAUUACUUCAUUACCUACUGUAUAAAAAAAACCCAUCUCUGAGAGAUGGGCAUGCUGGAUACUUUCAGCCCUCCUCUUUGGUAUGAACCUCAUCAGAUCACAGAUAGCACCAUGGAAGUUUUAAUCUGGGUACAACAGACAUGCCACUGCACUGCGAGAAGUUUAAGGGCUUUUCCUCCUAAAGAUGUGUUAGGUUGGCUGCUGAUUCUAAAUUUGUUGCAUGUGACAGUGAGUGUAGGUACGAGUGGGCUCCUAGUGAACUUGACUCUGUACAGGCUUUUUGCCAAUGGAGGACAGUGUCCAGCUCCCCAUGAUUCUGAACUGGAUUAAGUGGGUUUGAGCAUGUUAUGUUAUUUGUUGUAUUUAAAUAGUAAUUAAUAAUGACCUUCUUUUCUUGAAAGUGACAAACCAAGAGGUAUCUUUCAGAUACUAUUACAGAUUGUAACAAUACCAUAGUAAUCGCACUUUAAUUAAAACAUAUGAUAAAUAUUUACUAAAUUAAACAAUCUAAUCAAUAUUUGUUGGCUUGUUGACUUGGAGGUGUUCCUGUGACACAACCAGCAGUGAAAUGCUGUACUGUACUUUAUUAAUAAAGCAUUCAACAUUUCAGAACUUAAGACAAAAA